CCACCGGUCCAUUAGAAUUUAUUAGCCCCACACAAACUCACGCACCAGAAGGAAGGAAGGAAGGAAGUGCGUGUGACGGUGUGAGAGAGGGGGAUAGGAAUGAUGAUGAUGACGAUGAUUUCAUCGUCGUCAUCCGACGAUAGAAAUAGAGGAGGGUCGUGAGAUCACCGUUAAAGGUGGCGCUCGAACAGGAAAAGGCGGCGUUAGAAGAAUUUUAAAGUUUGUUCUGCUCAAUUUAGUAAACAUUGCUGUCAUCAAAUCUCACACCAACCCAUCUUUACAUUUUCUUCCUCCAAUCUCACUUAACGCUCGGUCCUAAUUACCCCCUAAGUUUCAGGCAAUUCUCACCACUUUUAUAGCAACUAUCUAAUUACAUUACAAUUACCCUAUUCUUUUGUUUGCACCAUCUCUCUCUGCUUUUGUGUUUCUUAAUUAUUGAUUUCUUCUUUUUCCUUUUUCUUUGUUUUUCCCCCCCUUUUUGGACCAUACAUUUGGUUGGUGUAGAUCUGUGUGAAUUUUUGGUUUCUAGCCGGCUAGGGUUUCUCUGAUUCUUUUUUCCUUUCCCUUUUUUUUUGGGGGGAAAGGGGAGAGAAGAACAUUCUCUCUCCUUGCACGGAAAAUUUGUUGUUAUUUCGCCUGUGUUGAUGGUGUGAUGUUCGUUGUCAUGAUAAUGUAGCAGUUAAUUUUGGUAAAUUGAGGGGAAUUUUGAACGGAGCUUCUUCUGGUGUCCGUAAGUUCUGCUAUUCGUGGGUUGGACUUUGAAAUUCGAGUAUCGCAGUUAAAAAAAAAAAUCAAUAUAGAUGAGCUGCUUUCCUUGCAUGAGCCCUCGCCGUAAGGAUGUUAGGGACUAUGAUGAAGAUAUGGCCCCUCGAUCUGCUGAUUCAGGUCCGAAUGGGAGACGAGGUGGUUCCGUGGGAAGUAAACUCAGAGAAAGUAUGGCUCAGAAGACCAAUGUGGCACGUAGCUUCACUUUUAAGGAGCUUGCAAUGGCUACCCAAAAUUUCAGAGAAGCUAAUUUGAUUGGGGAAGGAGGUUUUGGAUGCGUUUACAAGGGCCGUCUGGAGUCUGGCAUGAUUGUUGCUAUCAAACAACUUAAUCUUGAAGGCCUCCAGGGUAAUCAGGAAUUCAUUGUAGAGGUUCUUAUGUUAAGUCUAUUGCAUCAUCCGAACCUUGUCAAUUUGAUCGGAUAUUGCACAGAUGGAGACCAGAGACUCUUGGUUUAUGAGUACAUGCCAAUGGGUAGCUUGGAAUAUCAUCUUUUUGACUUAGACCCUGGUAAGGAGCCACUCAGUUGGAGCACAAGAUUAAAGAUUGCUGUUGGUGCAGCGCGUGGUCUUAAAUAUCUCCAUUGCUCAGCAAAUCCACCUGUUAUUUACCGUGAUUUGAAGUCUUCAAAUAUAUUGCUGGACAAUGACUUCAAUCCGAAGCUCUCAGACUUUGGACUUGCUAAACUUGGACCUGUUGGUGACAAAACCCAUGUUUCGACACGAGUAAUGGGAACCUAUGGUUAUUGUGCACCUGAAUAUGCCAUGAGUGGGAAAUUGACUUUGAAGUCCGACAUCUAUAGCUUUGGUGUGGUUCUGCUGGAGCUUAUUACUGGCCGCAAAGCUAUUGACUGCACUAGGAAGCCUGGGGAGCAAAACCUGGUUGUGUGGUCUCGACCUUUUCUCAAGGACCGGAGAAAGUUUGUUCUGAUGAUUGACCCCCAGUUGGAUGGGCACAUUCCUCUCCGCUGUUUGCAUCACGCAGUUGCAAUUGCUGCAAUGUGCCUUCAGGAGCAACCAAGUUUCCGACCCAUCAUUGAUGAUAUUGUUGUCGCACUUGAAUACCUAGCCUCUCAAGUAGAUAAAUCAGAUUCUCAUAAAGGCACAUCUUGCAAUCAGCACCCGGCAGGCCUUGAUGUUAAUCUGGAAGAGAAAAAGAAAGAUUUGGUUAACUAUUCUGCUGCCUUUUAAUUCUUAGUCGUUUUAAGAUGCUUGAGGUUUGUGGUGCUGAUGCACUUCUUUUUUGGGGCUUAACCAGAAGGUGGCUUUGGAGGACUUAUAACAAUAAGAAGUUGAGGGAAAGAAUCCUUAUUUCUGGUUUUGACAAAAGAGUAAGGUGCAUGACUGCUUGCGGAUAUUUAUACAUGAUUGGUAUCCUGUAAAGUGUAAGAAGGAUGUAAAGGGAUUCUAACAUCAUUUAAUAGCUUGAUUUUCCAACCAAAACUGGCUGAGUUAAAUUGCAUUUGUUUUAGCAAAGUCCGUGUAAAUAUUACAUUUUGAAACUCGGACGCAGAAGCCCUGCUGGUGGGCUGAAAGGAGUAGCGUUGAUCAUCUUCUUCUUUUCCAUCAGAAAACGUUCACUAGUCUGUACAGUGGUGAUACCAGAACUUGUCAUCUCUUCUAACCUAGAAUGUGUUGAGAACUUCAAACAUUACGUAGAAUUUUGUGUCAUGCAAUUCCUGUGUUACUUUCUA